CCUUUUAUUUAUGUCGGAUUAAUCUCCUUAUUACCACGAGACAGAUAACUAAAAUAACAAAAGAAUUAUAAAGUAUACAACGACAAAAGUAUCAGAUUACUACAAAAAUGAAAUCUGUAGGAGUUGUAGGAAUCAUUUUUUUGGCACUCAUUAGAGCUUCCAUUUCAAACCAAUGGGAAUUCCCCGAUGAUUUCCAAUUUGGCACUGCCACAUCAGCUUAUCAAGUAGAAGGAGGGUGGAAUGCAGACGGAAAAGGCGUGAGUGUAUGGGACAGAUUAACCCAAACUCCAGGUUUCGUAACAGAUGGGUCAAAUGGAACCGUGGCAUGUGAUUCUUACCAUAAAUGGGAAGAAGAUGUACAAAUGAUCAAAAAUUUAAAUACCGACUACUACCGAUUUUCCUUAUCGUGGACGAGGAUAUUUCCAAAUGGGUUUGCUAAUGGUAUCAAUCAACCAGGUGUUGACUAUUACAACAACUUGAUAGACGAGUUAAUCGCUAACGGAAUAGAACCAAUUGUUACCCUUUUCCACUGGGAUACCCCUGAUAUAUUCUCAGCAUUGGGAGGUUUCUACACCCCGACCUUCAUCGAUUUAUUUGCAAACUAUGCUAGAACAGCUUUUGACUUGUAUGGAGAUAGAGUGAAAAGAUGGAUUACUUUUAACGAACCAAAAGUAUUAUGUCAAGAUUACAGUGAAUUCAUGGGAAUGAUCAACGAGUACUAUCCCAACGGAAUCAUCGAAUACUUAUGUUCUCACCAUAUGAUCAAAGCGCACGUUAAAGCUUUCCGCAUUUAUGAUUUGGAAUUCAGACUUAGACAAAGAGGUAGAGUUGGCAUAACACUUAAUUUUGAGUGGUCAGAACCGGCAAGCGACAGUCCAGAAGACGUUGUGGCGGCCGAGCAAAGAAGACAAUUCGAGUUUGGGUUGUAUGCAAACCCAGUAGUUUAUGGCAACUAUCCUCAAAUAGUAAUUGACCGUGUGGCUGAAAGAAGUAAGCUCGAAGGGUUCCCACAAUCUCGUCUUCCAAAAUUUUCUCUUCUUGAACAAAUCAACAACAGAGGAACUUACGACUUUCUAGGACUAAAUCACUACAAUAGUUGGUUGGUAAAAGCAACAGAAGAAGUACCAAUCGGUAAACCGAGUGUCCAAAAUGAUAUAGGAACGUCAAGACAUGUCGAUCCAGGGUGGGAAGAUACUGAAUGGGAUGGAAAAGUUGCACCUUGGGGCUUACGAAACAGUUUAAUAUGGCUCAAAAAAACUUACAGGGAUCCUGAAAUUUUGAUCACCGAGUGUGGGUAUCCUGACAAAACAGGAACGUUAGAAGAUGACCGCAGAAUAAGCUUCCUUCAGCAAUAUUUAAACGCUACUCUUCAAGCUAUCUACGAAGAUAAGGUCAAUGUCAAGGGUUUCACAGCUUGGAGCUUAAUGGACAACUUUGAGUGGGGACAAGGAUAUACAGUAAAAUUUGGUUUAUAUUUCGUCGAUUUUAAUAGCCCUGAUAGAACGCGAACACCAAAGAAAUCAGCGGAAUACUUCAGAAGUGUUAUAGAAUCACGAAGGGUGUAGAAACUUCAAGAUUUCGUCUUUACGAUGUCACUUAUUUUUUCAAAUAAUAUCAUUCAAACCAAAUAAACUACCCUGCUAAAUAAGCAACUCAUAAAUAAAUCAGAUCCAAAGUUAA